AUGUACCUAACAUUUAACUUCUCCACCUCCAACUACUCCAACCUGUCGGAUGCAUACUCUCUGAGACUGCAGGAACUGACCCACCGCUCCGUCAAAAUAAGCGUCAUCAUUAUCCUGGGGGUGAUAAUCACUUUGGGAAACAUCGCAGUUCUCCUGGUCAUCACUUCCUCCGUGGAAGGCUGGUCCAGAAACUCCCGCUACUUCCUGCUGUCUCUCACCGCAGCGGACUCCGCGUUCGCGUUGCUGGUGAUGCCCCUGAACCUCUGGGUGAGUCUGCUGAAGGACUACAGUGAGGGCCCCGACGCUCUUUGUCAUGUGGUCGCGUUUUGCAACGCCACCGUCUACUCCACCUGCAUGUACACGCUGGCCACCAUCAGCCUUGAGCGGUACAUCGCGGUGUUUUACCCCCUGCAGUACUCCACUCUUAUGACCAGGAAAAGGACCCUGCUUCUCAUCGCCUUCGCCUGGUGCUUCCCUCUCUUCUUGCUGUCGCCGGUCACAUUCCCAGAUGGCAUCAUCGAGGUCCACUUCUCCACCGCGUCGCUGGUGUGCAACCCGUCCUACUCUACAAACGUUGCCUACACCUUAAGUUUGACCUGUUUAAUAUUUUUCCCCUGCUCCAUUGUCAUGACGUAUGCAAACGUGAGGGUGUGGUGCGCGGCCAGGAGACAGAGGCUAAAACUGCGCAAAUACGGCUGUGCGCUGCGCAACAGGCACAAUGUUGCCGCUAGAGUGCUCGUGCCUGUGAUGGCAGCGUACUACACGUGUUGGACUCCCUGCAUGGCGGUUAUGAUCUACAGUGCAGUCUCUGGGAGCACAGUACCAGAGUGGAUUGAGUUUGUUGUGGUGUGGCUCCCAACCUCCAAUGGUUUCCUCAACUGCAUCUUUUACUUCUGGAUAAACAAAAACUUUCGCAGGAAGUUCCAUCUUAUUCUGCAGAGGGUUGCUCUGGCCAUCUGUCCUGAACUGGCAGACGCCUUUGGGUGGAGCAGCAGAUCAUCAGCACAGUUUGUCUCGGGAAUUUUAGACAACAACAACAUGGUUCAUGAGCGUGCCUCCAGUGUGUCCUCCACCUGCACCUUGCUGAGUUUGGCUUGAAACCUCUGAACCCAGAAACAAGAGCAUAAAGGACAUGGUCAGUGACCUGCACACUUUUAAAAUCAUUGCCCAGUUAUUGGUGUUUUGAAAAACUAAAGCAGAAAUAAGCAAUCAAUUUGUUUGCAGUGCAAAUAGUUUAAAAUUCUGAUAGAUUGUAAUGGUGAUUAUUUCUGUGUAAAACUGAUUUACAGUCUGCAUCAGUAUGGAUUACAUUAGGUUUUAAACUGUUAUUUUCAACUGAAAACAGAUGCACCAUUGUUGGGAUUUAAUUUGCAAUCCAAGGUGGCAUCCUAAAUCAAAUUUUUAGUUAUUUUUACAGCUAGUCAUCACUUUUGGCUUUGCUACAGAUAAGCCUGUCAUUAUUCUGCAUACACCUUUUUUUUUUUUAAUGCGUCAACCUGAAACUUAUCUCGACACAUUUCAGUCGUUCACAAUCUGUCAUUUAGCUCAUCAGAAGAAAGUGAUAUUUAGGCUCCCUCUCAUGUGAGAUUUUUUGUGAAGGCUGCAACUUGGUUUCAAACACUUUGAACUACUGAGGCUAUCCACCUUUGUUCAUUUUAAACUAUUUGACAUAUACCAACGAAGAGAGGUUAACCUUUAAGUCGCAGCAUUUCAGUGCAUGCGAGGAGAAAAGUAAUUAAGCACCUGGACUGCAGAAAGGUCACAACGUUCAUGGCGGGAAGAGACAACUUGUAUUUGGAGGAUCUUGGGCUCAGAAUCUAUAAAUAAUCCGGAGGAAUUACCACCUUUAUGUGUUUGUAUUCUACAUUGCAAUAAGCAUUUUUGUCUUUAAAUAAAGUUUUUUUCUUUGUAAAGGCUGAUAUUUUGAGUUGAAAUUUUUUUAUACACUUUUAAA